AUGUUACCAACCCCCGACACAUGCUUGGUUCCUGUCUCAGAUGCAUUCACCUCAAGUCUAUCCAGAACUGAUACGGAUACUUCAGCCGCAAUGUCCGUAGAGGCUCCUGUCAGCUCGUCACAGGCACUGUGGGACCAGUCGGCCCCCAAUUUUGGAGAUUUCACUCACAUCCUUGACAAUAUGACUGUACCAUCACCAUUGAUCUAUGACCAGCCAGCCUUGCCACUGCCAACAUUCUCCCUAAUUGAUGAGCCGGGUCCUCAGCCUUCCGGUAUUCGUUGGCAACUUCCCAGUACUACUCCAUCUGAUGUAGCCCCAGUUCGUCCACAAGUCCCGAAUUUAUUUGAUGAAUUCUCGUCGACAUUUCCCUCAUUUGAUAUAUUGCCGUCGGUGAAAACUUACAAGGAUCCAUGGCACAUCACGCAACAACACUGGGACAAAGUCUUUGCACAAAUUCAAUUCUUUAGUCCUCUCAUUCCGCCUGAAUUUGUGCUUCAGUCACGCCAUACUUUGACCCGUUAUCUCGGGACAUACUUCUCGGGAUUCCACCGCCAUUUGCCCUUUCUUCACAUCCCUACAUUUUCACUGGAAAGGUGCCCAGUUGAAUUACUACUAGCUAUGGCGGUUAUUGGGGCCCAGUCUAAUUUCGAACAUGAUAAUGCGAGAAUGCUGUUCGAAACGUCUUAUGCCAUAGUCCAAGAACGUCUGCGUAAUCGCAAAGCCGAGCUUCGUCAUAGGUCAUUUCCAAUGGAAGAUGAGGCACCGACCGAAUUGCAACCCGGCCAGCCUUGGAUGGGAAGCUCUUUCUCUGUCCCAGAAGUCCCGUCAGACUCGACUGCGGGCCAUGCCUGCGUCCCUCAAUUCCACCCACUGCCUGCUGCACAGACACUGCUCUUACUUAUGGCAAUGGCAACGUGGGGGAAUUCAAAAGCCAUCUACAACAAAGCUUUCGGUCUACAGAACACGAUAGUCAAUCUUGUACGAGAGGAAGAAUUCCUGAAGGUGCAAACCCGGACACCGGAAGGCAUUACCUGGGCUCAAUGGGUUCAAAUCGAAGGCUUCAAGAGGACGAUCGCUAUCAUAUACUGUUUUUUAAAUUUCCACACAAUAGCGAAUGACACCCCUCCUCCUAUUCGAACCUCAGAACUUAAUAUCGAUCUUCCUUCGCGCGAAGCUGAUUGGGCGGCCCGAACCGAGAAGGAGUGGCAGGAACUCCGGGCUAGAUCCGAACCUGAGCCACAAUUUCAAUCCUAUUUCUCAAACCCCUUCUUAGAGCCCAAGGAAGACAACGAAAUUCUCAAGGGAUAUUCCUCACUCGGUGGAUACACCCUAAUAUUGGCCUUGAUUCAACACAUCUACUUUCUACGCGAGUUGAGCAAAUGCAGACCUGGCUCAGAACAGAGCCUGUCUCCUCCAGAUGCCGCCAGUGUGGAGCAAGCACUGAAGAACUGGCAGAAUGGAUGGUAUAAAGACCCAGAAUCAUCCCUUCGUCCUGGGAGUCAACAUGGCCCGAUUUCCUUCAACUCGACAGCUUUGCUUCGAAUGGCCUAUAUUCGGUUGGUUGUUGAUGUGGGCCCGUGGCGCGCUCUCAACACCCAUAAUCCCUACGAAAUUGCGAUGUCUAUACACCAAAGUCCGCCCCUAACACCGUCUCCUAAACUAGCACGCGCAGUGCUAUACGCUGCGCAUGCACUCAGCAUUCCAGUCAAGAUUGGUGUUAGCAUCGUCACACGGAGUCAGGCGUUUAGAUGGUCCCUUCAGCAUUCGCUCUGUGCCCUUGAGUGCGCUUUUGUGGUUAGUAAGUGGUUGUUUGCUAUACAGAAUCGCAUGGCCGAGGCGCCCCUCGAUAAUGAGGAAGCAACGUUGAUCGCUUACCUCGAUGAUAUUGUAACAGAAGCAGACCCUGCAACUUGUUUGGUGAGAGGGAGCGGGAAGGCACCUCACCUUUUUGAACUAUGUGUUCGGGUCAUUAAGCUUUGGGCAAAACUUCUGAGUGGAGAAGCACAUUGGGAUGUAGUACGCAUGAUUGGGAAGGUGUUAGAAGCAUAUGGCUACAUCCUAGAGAAAGAGCUCUUAAUUCUAGCUCUAAGUCUCCAAGAAGCCAAGACUGCCGACCGUAUAACUGGGCGCAUAGAACGUGCGGAAGACAACCAACUUUUCGAAAUGUACCUGCUUCUAUUGUAUGUGCAAGUUCUCACCCUGAUCCACGUCAACAUCUUCCACUUCAAUAUGUCCUCCUCGUCACCUGUGGAUGCACCAUCCCAUGUGCUAGAGCUCCUGUCAAGACUCCAUAAAGUGUCGUUGGAGCAGGAAGCUGCCAUUGAUAAAACUGGCAAGGUCUUCUCGGCCAAAGUCAUUGGCGACUUCGAAGACAAGCUCCCCGACAAGGAUGCAACGGCCGAGUUCGAUAAGCUGAUGCUUGAUAAAUUCAUCGCCCUCGAUGAGGACAAGUGCCAGUUUGUAUACCAAUUAAUUAACGCGAUGGGAGCCACCAACGUGGUGGAGGCAGGGACCAGUUUCGGUGUCAGCACUAUCUAUCUAGCCCUCGCGGUAGCCAAAACGAAAGCUGCGACAGGAAAGACUGGCACGGUCAUCGCGACUGAGAAAGAGCCGGAGAAGGCAAAAAUUGCAAGAGACUAUUGGAAGGAGUGUGGCUCCGUGGUGGAAAACGAAAUUGAUCUUCGCGAGGGCGAUCUCCUAGAAACCCUGAAGGAGAACCUGCCAGAAGUCGACUUACUCUUACUGGACAUCUGGUCGAAACUUGCCCUCCCAACGCUCAAAACAGUCCAACCGCGUCUGCGGCACGGCGCCGUGGUCCUUACCGACAACACUAUCUCGGGCGCUCAGGGAUAUGCGGACUUACUGGCCUACCUCCGAGAACCAGGAAAUGGCUUUCGCAACAUGACUUUGCCCUUCACGAAUGGGUUUGAAAUGAGUGUUUAUCUACCAGAGAACAAAUAA